CAUUGAUCUUUUGAUAUUCCGGAGUAAAGAAUAAUACCCUUUGUUUACAAUUUCAACAUUUACAACAAUCAGAUCAUAUUUCAAGUACACGAAAUAAGAAUGACAACUAAACUUCGAUAGAUAUGAUCAUUAGCAGGAAUGUAAAGGUUGGUUUUUAAAGCAUAAAAGUUUUAUAAAAAUGAGAUUUUUUAAUUGAUUGCUUCUUGCGCUGGAUUGUCAAGCUUUCAAAUCUGUUUCACCUUCCCUCAUGCGAUCCACGUGAAAUAGCCUGUUCAGCAACUUUAAAGCUUCUCAAAGGCUGACAUGUGAUUCUCCUACCAACGUCACCACUAUUACUGUCGUCAUUGCGUAAAUUGCACCAACCGCAACAUUUCCCUCAAUGCAAGGUUGACGCUUAUCUCCAGUCAACUUCGUCGAAGGUAAUAGCGACAACAACAUGACAUCGAUGAACACGACUCAAAGUACGAACAUUACAAAACCCAACGAAAGAAUAUUCUCGGAGUCCAUAUUUUCCGAGUUUGAGCAGAACUUAAUAACGUACAGCUUUGUUGCCAUAACAGUACUUGGCAUAAUAUCCAAUGCAGUUGUAUGUUACCUUAUACUGCGAUAUAAACGAUUGUGGGUAAUUGUGAAUAUCCUGAUAUUGAAUCUCGCCAUCUCAGAUAUUAUAGCCUGUUUCAGUGUAUAUCCGUUCAUUUUUUUGAACAUACACUCAACAGAUAUUCGUGGUAGUGGAGCAAACCUGUUAUGCGGAUUAACAGAAGGGUUAUCCAUAUUCUUUAUUGGUGCAUCGGUGUCAUUACUCACUCUAAGUGUUUUAUCAAUCAGUCGAUACUUGGUAAUAAAUCAUCCCCUAAAAUUGGGAUGGAGACUUGAAAAAAAGAGUAUGAAGUAUAUAUUCACAUUGAUUUGGUUAUCGAGUACAGCACUGCUGAUUCCAAGUUCCGUAUCGUUCAAAUAUAAUAACGAAAAAAGAUUUUGUGAUCGAUAUUGGGCACCUGGUGUACAUACGUUAACCUAUUUUACAUGUACUGGAAUACUCGGUGUAAUUAUCCCAUUGACGUCUUUAACUUUCACCUACAUAACAUCGAUGUAUACGUUAUUUCUUAAAAAGAGCGUGCCACAGAACAGAGUGACACGCCCUACCGGUAAUUUAAAAGUUAAGCAGAGAGUUAUUAUAUUGCUUGGAAUGUUAAUCGUCGUCUAUUUGAUUUGCUGGACACCAUUUGCAAUUUACUGGUUACUGUCUGUAGGACUGGAUAAAUAUAGCGGUGAAAAUGAGAUUGAAGGCAUUCGCAUAUCAAGAGUUGCAAUAUUUAUUGCCUUAUGUCAGACAGUUUUGAAUCCUAUUGUAUAUGCUUUUUCGAACGGACAACUACGAGGUGUUGCAAGGCAAUCUUUGAAAUUAGGAAAAACAAACUCAGUAAGUAGUGUUAGUAAUGGAACGAAUUUAACGACGUUUAAUAGAAGACACACGUUUCAUGUAAGAGACACAGAAGAUCAUGAUAUUCCGUUUAGAUGUCGCGAAAUGACUUUGUAAAGAUUACCCUAAAAUCAUUGAUAACGACCGACAAGUAAUCAUAAUUGUGUUAUUCGAAUUUGAAAUAAUGUUCUGUUUAAACUGAAGACACGGUAAAGACAUUAUAAAUUGACAAGAAGUGCCACUUACAUAAACGACUGGUAUCAUUUGUACAAAGAAGAUACAAUUAAACAUAUCUAUUAUAGUGAUGAUCAACAAUGUAUAUAUAGUACAACCUUGAAAAUAAGAUGUUUGGAAAAAUGUCCGUUUUCCAGCUCUUUCUCUAAGUGGGCAACAUCAAUUACCCAUUGUUCAUUAGCCAGUAGGCCGCAAAAGUUCUAAUUUGGCAAUGGUGUAGGUGGAAAAUUUGCUAGAUGCAAUUUUCACAAUGUCGCAUUACGGGUCAAUCCACUCCAGCAUGCAUAAAGGUCCGUACAUGUCACUUGAUAAAAAAGACGUUCU